UGUGGGAGGGAAGGAAAGAGCGAGGCAGAAAGAACAGAUAACUGGUAAAUGGUAAGGAGCACAGAGCAAACAAAAGAGAUCACAAAACUUGAAUUCGCCUUUUGGUGUACGAGAAUCUUUUCUAUGUGCGAUCUUAUGUCAUCGGCGCGACAUCACUUCUGAAAGCAAAGCGCAAGUAAGCCGGGCCAAACGCUCUCUCACGAGAAGGGCGAGUCCGCCCGUCGCGGUAGUAGCUGUGGUGUAGUGGUGGUAAUAAAGUAGUAGUAGAAGAGGAGAGAGUGGUGGUAGUGUCGUCGCGUCGCAGCCGCCACCGCGGCUACACACUCGUUGGUCGCGCAUCGUGGCGACAGCUAGUAGCGGCAGCCGCCGUCCUCGUCGUCGUGUGUCGUUAGGCUCGGUCAGACUCGGCUGCGAUCGAGUCGAUCGUGUCGCGUACGCGAGUACGGUAACGUACGCGACUUAACAUCGUGCGAGCUACUUGAACGGGAACGUUGUGCGCGAGAUAACGAGAAGGAGCGAGACCAGGAACGGGCGGCGACAGACUGGAGGAGAGAAAAAGAGAGAGAAAGAAAGAGAGAGGCAGUCGCGGGUUAAAAGCGGAUAAAGGCAGCAGCAACAGCUUCGCCGCGUCGUGUGUGCGCGCUCGCUAAACAAAGAUGGCGGACGUGGACUCGAGGGUAGACCGGUCCGAUCCGGAGCUGCGUUUCUUGUCGGUCGACAGGAACAGCUUCAACGACCCGGCCACUCAAGCGGAAUGGACGCAGAAGAAGCUGGUGUGGGUGCCUCACGAGAGCCAGGGCUUCGUCGCCGCCGGUAUCAAGGGCGAGCGCGGCGACGAGGUCGAGGUGGAGAUCGCAGAAACCGGCAAGCGCGUACUCGUCGCGAAGGACGACAUACAGAAGAUGAAUCCGCCCAAGUUCGACAAGGUCGAGGACAUGGCGGAGCUCACCUGCCUCAACGAGGCGUCUGUGCUGCAUAACCUCAAGGACCGCUACUACUCCGGACUGAUUUAUACGUACUCCGGCCUCUUCUGCGUCGUGGUGAACCCCUACAAGAGAUUGCCGAUAUACACAGAAAAGAUCAUGGAGAGGUAUAAAGGCAUCAAGAGACAUGAAGUGCCGCCGCACGUAUUCGCCAUUACUGAUACGGCUUAUCGCUCUAUGCUGCAAGAUCGCGAGGACCAGUCGAUUCUCUGCACCGGUGAGUCCGGCGCUGGCAAGACCGAGAACACGAAGAAAGUGAUUCAGUACUUGGCCUAUGUGGCCGCCUCGAAACCCAAGUCGAACGCGACUCCGAGCCCGGCAUUAAUCAUAGGAUCUGGGAAUGUCACGGAAAAGUUUGCGGGAGAGCUCGAGCAACAACUUCUCCAGGCAAAUCCAAUUUUGGAAGCAUUUGGUAAUGCAAAGACCGUGAAGAAUGACAACUCGUCUCGCUUUGGUAAAUUUAUCAGAAUAAAUUUCGACGCAUCCGGUUACAUAGCCGGCGCAAACAUCGAGACAUACCUUUUGGAAAAGUCGAGAGCUAUUCGGCAAGCGAAAGAUGAAAGGACCUUCCACAUAUUUUACCAGCUGCUGGCAGGCGCCUCGCCGGAGCAGAAAAAGGAAUUUAUACUGGAAGAUCCGAAGCACUAUCCUUUCUUGUCGAAUGGAGCCUUACCGGUGCCCGGUGUCGACGAUUCUGCCGAAUUUUUCUCCACUGUGAAAUCGAUGCAUAUAAUGGGUAUGACUAAUGAGGAUUUCUCAUCCAUCUUUCGUAUUGUUUCCGCCGUUAUGCUGUUCGGCUCGAUGCAGUUCCGCCAAGAACGUAAUUCCGAUCAAGCGACUCUACCGGACAAUACGGUGGCCCAAAAGAUCUCGCAUCUGCUAGGUCUAAGCGUGACCGAAAUGACAAAGGCCUUCUUGAAGCCGCGCAUCAAGGUCGGUCGCGACUUCGUGACGAAAGCGCAAACGAAGGAGCAGGUGGAGUUUGCCGUGGAAGCGAUAUCAAAGGCAUGUUACGAGAGAAUGUUCCGCUGGCUAGUGAACAGAAUCAACAGAUCGCUGGAUAGAACGAAGCGACAAGGUGCCAGCUUUAUCGGUAUCCUGGACAUGGCUGGUUUCGAGAUAUUCGAAUUGAACUCUUUCGAGCAGCUCUGCAUUAAUUACACGAACGAGAAGCUGCAGCAGUUGUUCAACCAUACGAUGUUCAUUCUUGAGCAGGAGGAGUAUCAGCGAGAAGGCAUCGAGUGGAAGUUCAUUGAUUUUGGGCUUGAUCUACAACCUACGAUCGACCUGAUUGACAAACCUAUGGGCAUAAUGGCACUAUUGGACGAGGAGUGCUGGUUCCCCAAGGCCACAGACAAGACGUUCGUGGAGAAGCUGGUAGGCGCGCACAGCGUGCAUCCGAAGUUCAUGAAGACCGACUUCCGCGGUGUGGCCGACUUCGCCAUCAUUCACUAUGCCGGAAAGGUGGACUAUUCCGCCGCCAAAUGGCUAAUGAAGAACAUGGAUCCGUUGAACGAGAACGUUGUAAGUCUACUGCAAGCUUCACAGGAUCCGUUCGUGUGCCACAUUUGGAAAGACGCAGAAAUCGUGGGCAUGGCGCAACAGGCGCUCACAGACACCCAGUUCGGUGCGAGAACCAGGAAAGGCAUGUUUAGAACGGUUUCGCAGUUGUACAAAGAACAGUUAGCCAAACUAAUGGUGACGCUGCGAAACACGAAUCCAAAUUUUGUCCGGUGUAUCAUACCGAAUCACGAGAAGAGAGCCGGUAAGAUCGACGCGCCGCUGGUGUUGGAUCAACUGCGAUGUAACGGAGUGUUGGAAGGCAUUCGUAUUUGCCGGCAAGGUUUUCCCAACAGAAUUCCGUUCCAAGAGUUCAGACAGCGUUAUGAGCUACUUACUCCGAACGCCAUUCCAAAGGGUUUUAUGGACGGCAAGAAAGCUUGCGAAAAGAUGAUUCAAGCUUUAGAAUUGGAUCCGAAUCUUUAUCGUGUUGGACAAUCCAAGAUUUUCUUCCGUGCCGGUGUGUUGGCUCACUUAGAAGAAGAGAGAGAUUACAAGAUCACGGACAUAAUCGUUAACUUCCAAGCCUUUUGUCGCGGUUUCCUAGCCAGACGUAAUUAUCAGAAGCGUCUGCAACAAUUGAAUGCAAUUCGUAUUAUUCAAAGAAAUUGUGCGGCUUACUUGAAGUUGCGCAAUUGGCAAUGGUGGAGGCUUUACACCAAAGUGAAGCCUCUGCUAGAGGUUACGAAACAAGAGGAGAAGCUCACGCAAAAGGAGGACGAGCUGAAACAAGUGCGCGAUAAACUGGAGCUGCAGUUACACUCGGCUCAAGAGUACGAACGUAAAUAUCAGCAGGCCAUCGAGGAAAAAACUAUGUUGGCGGAACAAUUACAAGCAGAAGUCGAGCUCUGUGCGGAGGCCGAAGAGAUGAGAGUGAGGUUAGCCGCAAGAAAGCAAGAACUUGAGGAAGUCUUACACGAUCUGGAAGCGCGUAUUGAAGAAGAGGAAGACCGAUGCGCCGGUUUGAAUCAAGAGAAAAAGAAAUUACAGUUGAAUAUCAGUGAUUUGGAGGAGCAAUUGGAGGAGGAAGAAGCUGCUAGGCAAAAACUUCAACUGGAGAAGGUCCAAUGCGAUGCAAAGAUCAAGAAGUUAGAAGAAGAUCUCGCUCUUUCGGACGACACUAAUCAGAAAUUGCUGAAAGAGAAAAAGAUGCUCGAGGAACGAGCCAAUGAUCUCUCACAAACUUUGGCGGAGGAAGAGGAGAAAGCGAAACAUCUUUCAAAAUUGAAAGCCAAGCAUGAAGCGACAAUCGCCGAUCUCGAAGAGAGACUUCUCAAAGAUCAUCAGCAACGUCAGGAGGUGGAUAGGUCUAAGCGGAAGGUCGAGACUGAAGUCUCAGAUUUGAAAGAACAGUUGGCUGAGAGGAAAACGCAAGUCGAAGAAUUGCAACUUCAACUUGGCAAGCGCGAGGAAGAACUCAAUCAGGUUAUGGCGAAAAUGGACGAAGAGGGCGCCGCUAAGGCUCAAGCUCAGAAGGCUCUCAGAGAAUUGGAGUCACAAUUAGCCGAGCUGCAGGAAGACUUGGAAGCCGAAAAGGCGGCUAGAGGUAAAGCGGAAAAACUGAGACGUGACUUGAACGAGGAAUUGGAAGCAUUGAAGAACGAAUUGCUAGAUUCUCUGGACACCACGGCGGCCCAACAGGAAUUGAGAAGUAAACGAGAGCAAGAACUCGCGACACUGAAGAAGAAUCUGGAGGAGGAAACCUCGCUGCAUGAAGCCACGCUCGCUGACAUGCGUCACAAGCACACGCAAGAACUAACUGCGUUGAACGAACAGAUGGACGCGUUGAAAAAGACGAAAGCAGCUCUGGAAAAAGCGAAGGGCACUCUGGAAGCCGAGAACGCCGACCUGGCGACGGAAUUGAGAUCGGUCAGUGCGAGUAGACAGGAAUCCGAUCGUCGUCGUAAGCAGGCGGAGCAACAACUGGUGGAGAUAAAUGCGAAACUGGCCGAAGUGGAGAGGAACAAACAGGAAUUGGCCGAGAAAGUGACGAAACUGCAACAAGAAGCGGAAAGCGUGAUGCAGCAACUUGAAACCGCCGAGCUGAAAGCAUCCGCGGCGCUCAAGGCGUCAGCCACUUGUGAGUCGCAGUUUACUGAACUUCAGCAGCGGCUGGAGGAAGAGACCCGACAGAAACUGGCUCUCAGUUCGAAGCUACGUGCACUGGAAAGCGAGAAGGAGAGCCUUCGCGAUCAGCUCGAAGAGGAAGAGGAGGCGAAACGUGCCUUGGACAAGCAAGUAUUAGGUCUGAAUAUACAGUUGGCUGAAGCGAAAAAACGCGCCGAUGAGGAAGCGGAAGCAGCUGUUGCACUUGAAGAGGCUAGAAAACGUUGCACGAAAGACAUUGAGGCUCUUCAGAGACAGGUCGAGGAAUUACAAGCGGCCAACGACAAGCUAGACAAGUCAAAGAAGAAAAUCCAGGCAGAACUGGAAGACAGCAUUAUCGAGCUCGAGGCGCAACGAGCGAAAGUACUCGAGCUGGAGAAGAAGCAAAAGAAUUUCGACAAGGUGUUGGCCGAAGAAAAGGCCGUGUCCGUGCAGUACGCGGAACAACGGGACGUCGCAGAACGAGAGGCGCGCGCGAUGGAAACUAGAGUAUUGUCGUUAACUCGCGAAUUGGAUGAGCUUAGCGAAAAAGUCGAAGAAUUGGAGCGAGGUCGCAGAGGACUGCAGUCUGAGUUGGACGAGUUGGUUAAUAAUCAGGGUACUGCCGACAAGAACGUCCACGAGUUGGAGAAGGCGAAACGUGCACUUGAGUCGCAACUGGCUGAACAGAAAUCGCAGGUGGAGGAGCUGGAGGACGAGUUACAAUUCACGGAGGACGCCAAGCUGCGGCUGGAAGUAAACAUGCAAGCGUUGCGCGCUCAGUUCGAGCGCGAUCUACAGACCAAGGAGGAACAAGCCGAAGAGAAACGCAGAGGACUUGUGAAGCAGUUGCGUGACUUUGAAGCGGAGCUUGAGGACGAGAGAAAACAACGCGCCGCGGCUAUCGCGCAGCGCAAGAAGAUGGAAGCGGAUUACAAGGACAUUGAACAACAGUUGGAGAUGCAUAAUAAGGUAAAGGAGGACGCGCUCAAGCAAUUGAAAAAACUGCAAGCGCAGAUCAAGGAUUGCACCAGAGAGACCGAAGAAGCCAGAGCCGCUAGAGACGAAUUGGCGGCUGCGUCCAAGGAAAACGAGAGAAAGGUUAAGAGCCUGGAAGCAGAUCUGAUGCAGUUGACCGAAGACUUUGCUAGUAGCGAACGUGCCAGAAGAACUGCUGAAAAUGAGCGAGAUGAGCUACAGGAGGAGGUCAACAACAAUGCUAACAAAGGCACUCUGAUGUUGGACGAGAAACGUAGACUAGAAGCGAGAAUCGCCACUCUGGAGGAGGAAUUGGAGGAAGAGCAGUCGAACGCUGAGAUCGUGAUGGAUCGUGCCAGAAAGGGUCAGAUCAUGAUUGAGCAACUGACAACGGACCUCGCCACCGAACGUUCCACCACACAAAAGUUGGAGUCACACAAGACGUUACUGGAGAGACAGAAUAAGGAAUUGAAGGCCAAGCUAACCGAGCUAGAAACCGCACAACGUGCCAAGACUAAGGCCACGAUACAGCAGCUUGAAUCGAAGAUCAAUAGCUUGGAUGAACAGCUCGAGAUCGAAGCCAAGGAAAGAUUCGCCCAGCAGAAAAUCAAUCGUAAACUAGAGAAGAAACUGAAGGACCUGAGCUUGCAACUGGAGGAGGAAAGACGAAAUUCCGAUCAAUACAAGGAGCAGGCGGAAAAGGUUAACACCAGGAUGAAGACGUUGAAGAGACAAUUAGACGAGGCAGAGGAGGAGAUCAGUAGGCAUAAGACCAUGAAACGGAAAGCGCAGAGAGACAUGGACGACAUGAUAGAAUCUCACGAGGAGCUCACACGGGAGCUGACGCAGUUAAAGAAUAAAUUAAGGUGUCAAGAGAGAAAAAACGAUUGGUAUCCUACCUGAGAGUUUUUUGCUAGGAAACAAUCCCAUUAGUCCCCAGUGUGCUACAGCGCGGCGGCCCUCCAAUAAGCAGUCUGAGCUCUUCCUCGAGACUCAAACGUGGUUCCGUGCAGACCGGCGGCUCCGGCGACGAUUCGACGACACAGGACGAGAGCAUCGACGGCGAGGAAAACGUUAAUUGAGUAAUGGAGUUGGCCCAGUGUGCUCUCGAACCUCUGUGAAUUCUGUACAUACGUCCGUCGAGAGGGUGGUUGGCUUUUCUGUUCGACGAUUCGACGCGUAACACGGAUCAACUGACGUCUCGCCGCGUCCGCGAGUACGACCAGCUCCACGAUCAAAAUCAAAAGUCAUUUCGACAAUUUCCCGCGGCGUUUCCGGCCUUAAGAUUAAUCGUGACGAGAUAAUGAUCGUCUCCCGUGAGAGUUCAGUUAAUUGACACGCAGUAGUAGUGCCGAUGGCGAGUAAGGUAGAUUAAUAGAGAAAGAGAGAGAGAGCCAAAGGGCGCGAAACAGCGAGAAAAAUAAGAAAGGAUUAGUCGAAUACUGAGGAGAGAGAGGACUUUUGAUACAUUUUAUAUAGUACGAACGCAAAUGUUGAUCGUAUUUUACGUAUAUAUAUAUAAAUAUAUAAAAAGAGAAUGUGAGGGAGAGAGAGAUUGAAAGAGAGAGAAAGAGACAGAGAGAACGAGAGAGAGAGAGAGGGAUAAAAUAAAUUCUGUAGAAGGAAAACUUAAUCAUGAUGAAUUUAUUAAGGACUUAUUUAACGAAACUUAAAGCGCCACUUUCGCACGGAGAGAUAAAAAAAUAUUGAGAAACGGCAAGUGCGCUUUCUACUUCGACGUAGUCUCUCGCUUGAUUUCCUCGAGCUGCCGGACCAGACCGAGACUCGCGAGAUCCAACGGAGUCUUGCGGUCCUUAUUGGUGAUCGUUGGGUCCGCGCCGUUCGCCGCCAGCAGCUUCGCCUCAUCCACGCGGUCCUCCUCGCAAGCGAGAUGCAACGGCGUAUUACCAUACGCGUCCCUCCGAUCUGAAAGCGACGACGACGACGACGACGACGACGACAGCGUGUAAAUGAAACGAAACGAGAUUGUGCAGUGUCGUCGGCAUGAACGAAAACUUGUACACUUGGUUUCAAUACAGUUCGAAUACCUUUUUUUCGUCAUGCACGUUGGAAAAAUUAAUGACUUAAUAAGAGAACAUAACUACAUGACUUUUGAAUUAAGUGAAAAUAAGUUCAUUACUCUCCCUCCUGCCCCCCCAACGGCUGCGUUCAAAACUGCAUUAAGGAAAAAGUAUUCAACCCGUAUUGAAGCAAAAUGUACAUUUAGGUUAUACUAUCAGAUAUAUAUAUGCGUAUGUGUAUGUAUAUAUUUGAUAUUUUAUAUAUUAUUAUAUUGUAAUUGCGCUGCGUGCGCGAAUGCAUUUCAAUAACAGACACACAGACACAAAUCGCCAGACACAUACACACGUACACAUAUACUGAGAGGGAAAGAGGAGAAGGCGUAUAUUCCGCUACCUACCUAUAUCCAAAUUCUUCCCGUACUCUACGAGGAGCUUCACGAUGGCCGUGUUGCCUUUCGAGGCGGACCUGUGCAGAGGCGUGGCGCCCCGUUUGUCCGCGAUGUUCACGUCGGCGUCCUUCUCGAGCAACGCCACGCAGAUGGACUUCCAAUUCUUCGACGCGGCGUACUGUAGAGCCGAGUGACCGUCGACCGUCGUCGCGUUCACGUUCGCUCCCUCGUUCAGCAGCGUGUUGACGACCUUCUCGCGACCGGCAGACGCCGCCAGGAUCAGCGGAGUCAUGUCUGUCUGCGUUUUACGAAACAGACCGUUUGAGCGGUCUCACGUAGAUUUGUCUCGUUGCAGUAAGGCUCGAGGACCGGCCGGUGGCAAACGAAAACGAAGCUUUUUGCUCGCGACUUUGUGCGUCACGCGUAGAAACGAGACGAUAAGUAAUGCGGAUUGUAACAGUGCGCGAUGCAUUUCGGGCGUACGCUUUAUACUUAUUUUCUUAUAAGUUUUUCUUUUUCUUUUUUCUUAUAAAUGAUCUAUGGAAAAAUUAUAAUAUAAUUAUAUAUAUACAUAUGUCAUCAAGUGUGUAUGUGUUAUUAAGAUUUCCAUCUUUUUUUUCGAUGCGUUUGCGAUCGACGAUCGUUUCUUUAUUCCGGUUGAGAAGUAAAGGGAAUUAUUGUGUAAAACUCUGUUCUCGAGAAUGCUAGGGCUUUGUUCAAAUGAGUUUGCUUUGUAAACGUUUUUCGAAUCGAUUGAAAAUUAAGAGACACACCGCAAGUUUUGCGAUUUUUGUCAAGAUGUAUUUAUCCUUUUGAGACACACAAGAAUGGACUCGAUUUAAACGUAGAUACACUCUCCUGAAGCGUAAUGGAAAAUUCGUAAUAAUUAUCAAAUAUUUUAUAAUGUAUUUUGAUAAUAAAAGUUCUUUUCACAGUUGCAUAUAA